CGGCCCCCUGCCCUGGCCGGCGCCCUGGCCUUGGCCCUGGCCUUGACCUGGGCCAUGUGGGCCAGACCCACAGCCGCAGCCUCCUUCUUCGGUGAGAGCCACCUGGAGGUGCCUGUGGCCACAGCCCUGACCGACAUCAACCUGCAGCUGCGCUUCUCCACCACGCAGCCUGAAGCCCUGCUCCUGCUGGCCGCCGGCCAGGCCGACCACCUGCUGCUGCAGCUCCACUCCGGCCGCCUGCAGGUCAGACUCGCCCUGGGCCAGGAGGAGCUGAGGCUACAGACCCCGGCAGAGCCGCUGCUCAGUGACUCCGAGCCCCACACGGUGGCGCUGGCUGUGUCGGACGACUGGGCCACGCUGUCCGUGGACGGACACUUGAACACCUCCGCCCCCAUGCCGGGAGCCCCCCUGGAGGUCCCCUAUGGGCUGUUCGUGGGCGGCACCGGGAGCCUGAGCCUGCCCUACCUGCUGGGUGCCAGCCAGCCCCUGCGUGGCUGCCUGCUCGAAGCCACCCUCAACGGGCGCAGCCUCCUGCGGCCGCUGACGCCGGACGUGCCCGAGGGCUGUGCUGAGGAGCUCGCGGCCGGUGCCGACGUGGCACUGGGCUUCCCGGGGCCCGGCUCGCUGGCCACCUUCCCCGCCUGGAGCACGCGGGACCGCGGCAGCCUGGCAUUCACGCUGACCACGCGCAGCCGCCACGCACCCCUGGCCUUCCAGGCCGGGGGCCAGCCGGGGGAAUUCAUCUACGUGGACGUCUUCGAGGGCCACCUGCGCGCCGUCGUCGAGAGGAGCCAGGGCACCAUGCUGCUGCACAACAGCGUGCCCGUGGCCGACGGGCAGCCCCACGAGGUCAGCGUCCACCUUGACGGCCAGCGGCUGGAGAUCUCCGUGGACCAGUACCCCACGCGCACCUCCAACCGCGGGAUGCCCAGCUCCCUGGAGCCCCGAGGCGGCCUCCUCCUCGGGGGGCUGGACGCAGAGGCCUCGCGGCACCUCCGGGAGCACCGCCUGGGCCUGGCGCCCGGGCCGGCCGACGCCUCCCUGCUGGGGUGCCUGGAGGACCUGAGCGUCAACGGGCAGCGGUUUGGGCUGCGGGAGGCCCUGCUGACCCGCGGCAUGGCGGCCGGCUGCAGGCUGGACGAAGAGGACGAGUACGAAGAGGAUGCUUACGGCCCCUACGAAGCGCUGUCCACCCAGGCUCCCGAGGCCUGGCCGGCCGCGCAGCUGCCCGAGCCGUGCGCGCCGGAGCCGGGGCUGCCGCCAGUGUUCGCCAACUUCACGCAGCUGCUGACCGUGAGCCCUCUGGUGGUGGCCGAGGGCGGCACGGCCUGGCUCGAGUGGCGGCACCUGCAGCCCACGCUGGACCUGACCCAGGCCGAGCUGCGCAGGUCCCAGGUGCUGUUCAGCGUGAGCCGGGGGCCGCGGCACGGCGAGCUGCAGCUGGACGUCCCGGGCGCGCGGGCGCGCAAGAUGUUCACGCUCCUGGACGUGGUGAACCGCAAGGCGCGCUUCGUGCACGACGGCUCCGAGGCGCCCGCCGACCAGCUGGUGCUAGAGGUGUCGGUGACGGCGCGCGCGCCUGUGCCGUCCUGCUUGCGCAGGGGUCAGACGUACGUGCUGCCCGUGCGCGUCGACCCCGUCAACGACCCGCCCCGCGUCGUCUUCCCGCACGGCGACCGCAUGGUGCUGCUGGAGCACACGCAGAAGCCGCUGGGGCCCGACGUGGUCCAGGCCUACGACCCGGACUCGGCCUGCGACGGCCUCACCUUUCAGCUCCUUGGCGCCCCGGCCGGCGGCCUCCCGGUGGAGCGGCGGGAUGCGCCGGGCCAGCCGGCCGCCGAGUUCUCCUGCCGCGAGCUCGAGGCGGGCGGCGUGGUCUAUGUGCACCGCGGCGGCCCCGCGCAGGACCUCACGCUGCGGGUCAGCGACGGGCUGCAGGCCGGCCCGCCGGCCACGCUGCGGGUGGUGGCCGUGCGGCCGGUCCUCCGCGUGCGCCACAGCACCGGGCUGCACCUGGCGCAGGGCUCGGCCGCGCCGCUGCUGCCCGCCAACCUCUCGGUGGAUACCAACGCCGUGGGGCAGGACGUGAGCGUGCUGUUCCGCGUCACGGGCGCCCUGCGGCUGGGCGAGGUGCAGAGGCGCGGCGCGGGCGGGCUGGAGGGCACCGAGUGGCGGGCCACGCGCGCCUUCCACCAGCACGACGUGGAGCAGGGCCGCGUGCGCUACCUGAGCACCGACCCGCGGCGCCACGACGCUGACACCAACGAGGACCUGGCCCUGGAGGUGCAGGUGGGCCAGGAGACCCUGAGCAACCUCUCCUUCCCCGUGACGGUGCAGCCGGCGCGGGUCUGGAUGCGGCGGCUGGAGCCUCUGCACACGCGCAACGCGCAGCCGGAAGCGCUCACCGAGGCACACCUGGAGGCCGCCCUGGACGAGGAGGACCCCGCCGCCGCCGCCUUCCACUACGAGCUAGUCCAGGCGCCCAGGAAAGGGAACCUGCAGCUGCAGGGCGCCAGGCUCUCCGAUGGCCAGGGCUUCUCCCAGGACGACCUGCGGGCCGGCCGCGUCACCUACGAGGCGGCGGCCCGCGCCUCCGAGGCGGCCGAGGACUCCUUCCGCUUCCGAGUGACCGCCGCGCCGCACGCGUCUCCCGUCUACACCUUCCCCAUCCACAUUGGCGGCGACCCCGACGCGCCCGUGCUCACCAACGUGCUGCUGCCCGUGGCCGAGGGCGGCGAGGCCGUGCUGUCGGCCGACCACCUGUUCGUGCGCAGCCUGCAGGGCGCCGGCUACCUGUUCGAGGUGGUGGAGCGGCCGCGCCACGGGCGCCUGGCCUGGCGCGGGGCCGCGGGCCCGGACGUGACGGCGUUCACCAACGAGGACCUGCUGCGCGGCCGGCUGGUCUACCAGCACGACGGCUCCGAGAGCACGGAGGACGACGUCCCUUUUGUGGCCACGCGCCAGGGCGAGGGCAGCGGCGCCGGCGCCGCGGGCUGGGAGGAGGUGCGCGGCGUGCUCCGCGUGGCCGUGCAGCCCGUCAACGACCACGCGCCCGUGCAGACCGUCAGCCGCGUGUUCCACGUGGCCCGGGGCGGCCAGCGCCUGCUGACCACCGACGACGUGGCCUUCAGCGACGCCGACUCGGGCUUCUCGGACGCCCAGCUCGUGCUGACCCGCAAGGACCUCCUGUUCGGCAGCAUCGUGGCCGCCGACGAGCCCUCGCGACCCAUCUACCGCUUCACCCAGGAGGACCUGCGCAGGGGCCGGGUCCUGUUCCUGCACUCGGGCGCCGACCACGGCUGGCUGCAGCUGCAGGUGUCUGACGGGCAGCACCAGGCCACGGCGGUGCUGGAGGUGCAGGCCUCGGAGCCCUACCUCCACAUGGCCAACGGCUCCGGCCUGCUGGUGCCGCAGGGCGGCCAGGCCACCGUCGACACAGCCGCGCUCCGCCUGGACACCAACCUGGACAUCCGCAGUGGGGACGAGGUACACUACGUCCUCACGGCCGGCCCUCGCUGGGGGCAGCUGCUGCGGGCGGGCCUGCCCGCCGGAGCCUUCUCCCAGCAGGACGUGCUGGACGGGGUGCUGGUCUACAGACACAACGGCAGCCUCAGCCCCCACGACGCCCUGACCUUCUCGGUGGCAGCGGGGUCGGUGCAGGCGGAGGCCACACUGCCCGUGACCAUUGCCCUGGAGAGCCCCCCUCCCCCGCUGCGGCUGGUGCGGCACCAGAAGAUCUACGUCUUCCAGGGAGAGGCCGCUGAGAUCCCCCGCGACCGCCUGGCGGCAGCCCAGGAGGCCGUGGCGCCGGCAGACAUCGUGUUCUCGGUGAAGAGCCCCCCGCUGGCCGGCUACCUGGUGGAGGUGUCCCCUGGCAGCCCGCCCGGCCUGGACCCGGUGCAGAACUUCUCUCAGGAGGCGGUGGACGCCGGCCGGGUCCUGUACCUGCACUCCCGCCCCGAGGCCUGGCAGGACGCCUUCUCCCUGGACGUGGCCUCGGGCCUGGGCGCCCUGCUGGAGGGCGUCCGCGUGGAGCUGGAGGUGCUGCCCAAGGCCAUCCCCCUGGAGGCGCAAAACUUCAGCGUCGCCGAGGGCGGUGCCCACACCCUGGCCCCGCCGCUGCUCCGCAUCACCGGCCCUUACUUCCCCUCGGUGCCCGGCCUCCUCCUGCAGGUGCUGGUGCCGCCCCGCCACGGGACCCUGCAGAGGGAGGACGGGCCUCAAGGGAGGCCUCUCGGGGCCUUCUCCUGGAGAGAGGUGGAGGAGCGGCAGAUCCGCUACGUGCAUGAUGGGAGCGAGACGCCGAUGGACAGCUUCGUCCUGGUGGCUAACGCCUCGGAGAUGGGCCGCCAGAGCCACCCAGUCACUGUCACUGUCACCGUCCUGCCCGUUAACGACCAGCCACCUGUCCUCACGGCAAACACGGGCCUACAGAUGUGGGAGGGGGCCACCGUGCCCAUCCCCGCCGAGGCCCUCAGAGGCACGGACGGUGACUCGGCGCCCCAGGACCUGGUCUACGCCAUUGAGCAGCCCAGCAACGGGAGGGUGGCGCUGCGGGCGGCGCCGGGCGUGGAGGUACACAGCUUCUCACAGGCACAGCUGGACGCGGGGCUGGUGCUCUUCACACACACAGGCGCCCUGGACGGCGGCUUCCACUUCGCCCUGUCCGACGGCCAGCACAUCUCCCCUGGGCACUUCUUCCGAGUGACGGCGCAGAAGCGGGCGCUGCUCUCGCUGGACGGCAGCCGGACGGUGACCGUGUGCCCAGGGUCGGUCCAGCCGCUGAGCAGCCGGAACCUGAAGGCCAGCUCCAGCACCGGUGCCGACCCGCACGCGCUGCUCUUUGAGGUGCUCGCGGGCCCCGAGCUGGGCCGGCUGCUCCACUCCCGGCAGGGCAGCGCCGGGGACGCCCUGGUGAACUUCACACAGGCAGAGGUAUACGCCGGGGAGGUUCUGUAUGAGCACGAGAUGCCCCCAGAGCCCUUCUGGGAGGCCCACGACGCCCUCGAGCUCCGGCUGUCCUCUCCCCCUGCCCCUGAUGUGGCCGCCACGCUGGCGGUGACCGUGUCUUUCGCGGCUGCCUGUCCCCAGCGCGCCAGCCGUCUCUGGAAGAAUGAAGGUCUCUGGGUCCCCGAGGGCCAGCAGGCCAGGAUCACAGUAGCCGCCCUGGACGCGUCCAACUUCCUGGCCAGCGUUCCGUCCGCCCAGCGCCCCGAGCACGACGUGCUCUUCCAGGUCACGCAGUUCCCCACGCGGGGCCAGCUCCUGCUGUCCGAGGAGCCGCUGCACGCCGGGCAGCCCCACUUCCUGCAGUCCCAGCUGGCCGCGGGGCAGCUGCUGUAUGCCCACGGAGGCAGCGGCACGCAGCAGGACGGCUUCCGCUUCCGCGCCCACCUGCAGGGGCCGGCGGGGGCACCCGUGGCCGGGCCGCACACCUCCGAGGCCUUCCCCAUCACCGUGCGCGACGUGAAUGAGCGGCCGCCACAGCCCCAGGCCUCCGUGCCGCUCCGGCUCACCCGCGGCUCCCGCGCCCCCAUCUCCCGGGCCCAGCUGAGCGUGGUGGACCCGGACUCGGCACCGGGGGAGCUGCAGUACCAGGUGCAGCGGGCGCCCCGCAAUGGGUUCCUGAGCCUGGCAGGGGGCGGCCCGGGGCCAGUGACCCGCUUCUCUCAGGCGGACGUGGACGCAGGGCGGCUGGUCUUCGUGGCCAACGGGAGCAGCGUGGUGGGCGUCUUCCAGCUGAGCGUGUCUGACGGGGCCAGCCCACCCCUGCCCGUGUCCCUGUCCGUGGACGUGUUGCCGUCCGCCAUGGAGGUGCAGCUGCGGGCACCCCUGGAGGUGCCCCAGGCCCUGGGCCGCUCCGCCCUGAGCCGGCAGCAGCUCCAGGCGGUGUCAGACCGGGAGGAGCCGGACGCAGCUUACUCCCUGACCCAGGCGCCACGGCACGGGCACCUGCUGGUGGCCGGCCAGCCAGCCUCAGCCUUCAGCCAGCGCCAGGUGGACCAGGGGGACGUGGUCUUCGCCUUCACCAACUUCUCCUCCCCCCACGACCACUUUGCCGUGCUGGCCCAGGCCCGGGGGGUCAACGCGUCGGCCAUGGUGAACGUGACCGUGAGGGCACUGCUGCGUGUGGGGGCGGCGGGGCCUUGGCCCCAGGGAGCCACCCUGCGCCUGGACCCCGCUGUGCUGGAUGCCAGUGAGCUGGCCAACCGCACCGGCAGCGUACCCCGCUUCCGGCUCCUGGAGGGGCCCCGGCACGGCCGCGUGGUGCGUGUGGCGCAAGCCAGGACGGAGCCCGUGGAGCAGUUCACACAGCAAGACCUUCAAGACGGGCGGCUGGGGCUGGAGAUAGCCAGGUCCCCGGGCCCCGCCGGCGACAGCCUCACGCUGGAGCUGUGGGCGCCGGGCGUCCCACCUGCCGUGGCCUCACUGGACUUUGCCACGGAGCCUUAUGACGCCGCCCGGUCCUACCGCGCCUUCCUGCUCAGGGUCCCCGAGGCUGCUCGGACAGAAGCUGGAGAGCCGGGCCGCGGCCCACCCACAGGCCAGCCAGGCCCCGCAGCGUCCAGCCCGGUGCCCGCGGUGGCCCGGGGCGGCUUCCUGGGCUUCGUGCAGAACAACAUGUUCAGCAUCAUCGUUCCCCUGUGCCUCGUCCUGCUGCUGCUGGCGCUCAUCCUGCCGCUGCUCUUCUACCUCCGUAAGCGCAACAAGACGGGCAAACACGACGUCCAGGUCCUCGCUGCCGAGCCCCGCAAUGGCCUGGCCGGCGACACCGAGACCUUCCGCAAGGUGGAGCCGGGCCAGGCCAUCCCGCUCGUGGCCGUGCCUGGCCAGGGGCCCCCGCCGGGCGGCCAGGCGGACCCAGAGCUGCUGCAGUUCUGCCGGACACCCAACCCUGCCCUCAAGAACGGCCAGUACUGGGUGUGAGGCCUGGCCCGGGCCCUGAAGCUGACCAGGCCAGGGACGGGCUCGCCCACGCCCCCAGGCCCCAGGGCUCCCAUGCCCCGGCGCUGUCUGAGCAGCCCCUGAGCAGCAGAGACUGGAGACACCAAGCGUGCAGGGUGCUGGAGGUCCCCGGGGGUCCCAAUGGAGCGGAGUCUGGUGCUGGAAUCCCCCCAGCUCACGCCAAGCCUGGGCAAACCGCAGGGAGCUGGGAGGGGCUGUCAACACCAGAGUGACCUCCCCCGAGUGUGUGACCUUGGGUAGGUCACAUAUGACACUGGCCGCCACACAGGCAGGGAGGAGAGAGGCGGUUCCCGGUUUUUCUGCCCAGCCCUGGCCGCCCCUUUCUCCGCCCUGGGGUGCAGGGAGAGCUCCCUUGGGGGGGGGUAACUGGCAGCAGAAGCCCUCCUCUCUAGGCGGCUCCACCAAUAGAAUAAUAUAUUGAGGGGCAGUGGGAGGGCGCUGGGGGUGGGCUUAUUUAACGGGAUUACAAGGGCGCUAUUUAAACGUGGUGCUGAGCUAGCCAGAACGGACAGAGCCCCAGGGCUGUGAGCCCCACAGGACCCCGCCUUGAUGGGCCAAGGCUGGGCAACCAUGGGUAGGUGGCCCUGGCGGGCUGGGUGAGGAGUGUGGAGGGGCUCGGGCCAGGGCCAGCGCGUGCUCCUGCCUGAGGACUGGGGGUACGGUGGGGGGGGCACUUGGCUCUGCAGAGCCUGGAUAAACGGUGCUUCGGCAGCUCGGACGGCUGCGUGGUGUUUAUGUCUGUCGCUGGGCCCGUGUCCACAUCAUCUGCACAGCGGCAGGGUGGACAGGGCCAGGCAAACCCCUGGAUCCUCACCGGACCCCCGGAGGAGGAGAGGGAGGCGGUGUGGGCAGGUGCACGGUCUUCGGGAGCUGGGGCCCACACCCUGGCGUUCAGCAGAGAGCGCCUGGGUGCUCCACAAGGAGCUUCAAGGGAAAGUAAAAAUAAACUCUCCUGG